GAGCGGACCUCAUUGAGGAGUCAUGCCACCGGUUGUAAACAAAGUAUGAGUCCAGUCUGAACAGUAGAAGAAACGUGUUGUGUUUGUCGUUUUACCACACAGCAGGUGGCAGGAUGGUGCAGCUGCAUGUGAAGCGUGGAGAUGAAAGCCAGUUUCUUUUCAACACCACAGUGGACGCGCCUCUGGAGACGGUGAUCCAGCAAAUUACAGCCAUUUACAACGGGAGACUCAAAGUGGACAGAUUGUGUUCAGAGAUCCCAGAGCUGGCAGACCAUGGCAUCGCACUGCCGCCCAACAUGCAGGGCCUGACAGAGGAGCAGGUUGUGGAGCUGAAACUGAAGGAUGAAUGGGAAGACAGUUGCAUCCCCAGUGGAGGGCCAGUAUUCAAAAAGGAUGAGAUUGGGAGGAGGAACGGACAAGCUCCAAAUGAUAAAAUGAAAGAGGUGUUGAUGCGAACAGUGGAGGAGGCGAAGGCCCUGAUCUCCAAAAAACAAGCUCAAGCUAGUGUUUGUGUCACUACGGAGAUGGUAAAAGAAGCGCUAGAUCAACUGAGGGGUGCAGUCAUGAUUGUGUACCCCAUGGGGCUUCCUCCUCAUGACCCUAUCAGGAUGGAGUUUGAGGACCAGGAAGACCUUUCAGGAACACAGGCUUCUCUGCAGGUGAUCACGGAGGACGAAUGCCAGCUCUGGUGGGCUGCCAAAGAGAUGCAGAGGGGGAAGAAAUUGCAGGACUACAUUGGCAAAAAUGAAAAGACAAAGCUUGUGGUCAAAAUACAAAAGAAAGGACAGGGGGCACCAGCGAGAGAGCCCCUGAUCACGGAUGAGCAGCAGAAACAGAUGAUGAUGCAUUACCACAGAAGGCAAGAGGAGCUCAAGAAACUUGAGGAGGCAGACGAUGACAGCUACCUGGACUCAGAGUGGUCAGACAGAGGGGCUCUCAAAAAACAGUUUCAAGGCCUCACAAAUAUCAAAUGGGGACCAAGAUGAAGGCCAGUACCACUCACAAUACCGACCGGAGCUGCUUACGGAAGAGCUCUAUAUGCAGCUGGCCAAGAUGCCUUAUCGCAAUCCUAAAAUCAGCUUCCAGUUGUUGUUAUUCGAGGUCUUCCAAAGAAAAUUAUAUGUACAGCUGAUGUGAUCUUAUUGCAGGAAGUACAUGUAUUUCUAGAGUAAACAACUGCCAUACACUGUAACUGAGCUGCACGUAUAUAUAUAUAUAUAUAUGAAAGAACAGGUAAUAAUAUCACAUAGAGGUUGAUGUCAUAAAAAACCCAAUUUAUUAGAAAAAAAUUUUGAUCCUCGAAUUGCUUUACUGUUUUACACAUUUUUAUUGAAGCUGUGCAAACAAAAGUUAGAAAAAAGUAUAAUCUGUAAUUUUUUUCUGCGUGUAAAAAGAAAAAUAAAACUUGACAUUUUCCAGUGUAAUCUAUACACAGUGUUGUUACAUUUUGUAAUAAUUAUGUAUAAAGGUCCCAUGACUUCCCUUGGAGUGCAGGGACAAGGAUGCAACACCUUUCCUCUCUUUGUCUCUUAUUAGUGGCACACGCAUCUCUGAAAGUCGGUGCUGCUCUGAGGCAGGAAGGUGCUACGUAGCAGUAGAUGGUCACCCCAGCAGGGACGAGCAAGCUGUAGAGGUCAGACUGUUUCACACACUGGAAACUGUGGGUGGCGCUGGUGCCGUGAUUCAAAGAGGUGUGGCCAGUUUCAAGGAAUACUGCAUAAAAAACCUUCAACAUGUAAUGCGAGGAUAACUCUCACUGCUGUAUAUUCAAAUCUGACGCCUCUUUAAAGAGACAGUUAUGGCAGGUGGAACUAGAUAGUCUCUUUUGUAAAUAGCUGCCAAGUUUAACUACCACUAAUGUAGUUAUACUACAGGGACUAAAAACAUUGUAAUUGCCUAUUUUUGUCUGUCAAAACAAAUCAAAAUGACUUUUGCCAUUUUUUUUUAAAAUGAGCAUUAAAAAUUGUUUACCACAAAUAUAUAAAAAAAAAACAUUUAUUUAAAAUGUGUUUAAAAAACAUCUUCUCUGAUUUAAUCCUGAUUUUGAAAGGCGGUUUUGGAUUAGAGCUGACGCUGUUUUCAUGGUCCCUGAUAUGUUCUUUGGUUUAUAUCACCAGUACAGCUGCUCUGAAGCUGCUUGACAAUGAAUCAGUAAUGUUCUUUAAUGACGUGAGAGCUUCAUGGCCACUCACCGGUGAUUUUGCUCUUUUUGUAGUAAACAACAUUUUAGCCUAAAAUCUGAGCUUCAUUUAAUGAUGAAUAAAUGCACCACGUUAAUGCCCAAUGCCCACCCUCUUUGCAGCAUGAAAUUGCAAAACACAACAAAACGUUUCUCGGGGCAUCAAUAAUCCAUCGCAAAGACCUGCAUCAUGAAAAAAAAAAAA